AAAUAGCUAUUUAUCUUACAAAAGAUAAAGUAAAGGAACUGAGCCAUCUUGAAUCAAUUGACAAUUCUAACCUCAAGAAUGAUGCGACAUCUCGCAGUGACGGUUUCCCUGUUGUGGAGUGCGUGUUCCAUUGGUUUAGGCGCAACUGUUUCAGAUUCAAGGCUUAGUGCCAAUGAUCGGAUUGUAGGUGGUGAAGUGGUCAAUAUAACCGAUUACCCUCACCAAGUCUCGCUUCGGAAUGUUGUCUUUGGAUGGUCACUCUUUUGCGGUGGAAGCAUUCUAAAUGAGCAAUGGAUCAUCACUGCAGCACAUUGUGUUGAUGGCCUUCUCGAUAUUCAAUACGACGUUGUAGCUGGACAACAAAACAUUCACAUCCCGGAUGAAUUCGAAGAAGUCCGGUUUGUGGCUGCCACUUUCAUGCAUCCGGAUUACAUUUACACCAGUAAAAAUCACGACAUUGCCCUUGUGAAACUCACGGAACCUCUCGAGUACAACGAGCGCAUUCGACCCAUUGCGUUGGACUCGGAACUCGUGCCUGAUGGAACGAUUUGUACAACCCUUGGUUGGGGCACUACGUCCGAAGACUCAUUGCUUUUGUCAUCAAAUUUGCGGAAGGUGGAUGUUCCGGUGGUAGAUGACCAGACCUGUGGGCGCGUCUAUCCCUCGGAGAUGGUUCCCGAAAACAUGAUUUGUGCCGGGGAGGAAGGCAAAGAUUCCUGCGCUUCGGAUUCAGGCGGACCUCUUUUGUGCCCAACUUCCAACGGAUUGGGCUUGGUUGGAUUGACUAGUUAUGGAACGGGCUGUGGGCGACCUAAUUACCCUGGGGUAUAUACCGAAGUUGCUAGUUACAUUGAGUGGGUUAAUGAGGUGCUUGACAACAACUAAAGAUAAAAAGCUGGGAAGUGAUAUGAUUGAAGAAUUGUGUUUAUUUGCUGCGCGUAAUGCAAUACGAUAUCUGAGGAAAAAUAUAGUUCAAUGCUUCGCACCCGA